GAUCAUCGCAACUAUGAAAAGUGGUAAAAGAAAUAAUGUAGUAAUAACAAUAAUAUUGCUCUUGUUUAUAUAAAUAUUUUGUUUAAGAUUGAAAGGUACAAGAUGGCAAGUGCUGCAUCAAGACUGAAGAGCCGUUUCCGUGGCAGCCUUGUUGGUGCAGUUGCUGGUGACUGCCUUGGAGCCCCUUAUGAGUGUGGCACUCAACUACCUGAAGGGGGUACUUUGAUGUCAGAGGUCGUCAAGUUCAUGCAGAAUCUUGGCAAAAACAUUGAUAAGGAAAAAGGUCGUAAAUUUGCAUUUACCGAUGACACAGCAAUGGCACGUUCUGUCGCUGCUUCUCUCAUUCACUGCAAGGGCAAAUAUGACGCACGAGAUAUGGCCCGGAGGUUCUCUGAGGAGUAUAUGAAUGAGCCGUUUCGAGGAUAUGGCGGAAACGUUGUAGAAAUACUCCCAGCCCUCGGUGACCUCCGUGUCAAGGACAUCUAUUCACCGGCGGAAAGCCAAUUUAAUGGAGAGGGUUCCUUUGGCAACGGGGGCGGCAUGAGAAUCGCUCCUGUGGGUCUAUGCUCAGCUGAGAAUCUGGACAGAGUGAUUGAGAUAGCAAGAGAGAGCACCAAGCUGACUCACUCCAAUGAACUAGGCUACAAUGGUGCAGUCCUCCAAGCCUGUGCCGUCAACUUUGCUCUCCAUGCCGACCCCGUGACCUUCAACCCUGAUGGCUUUGUGGAGAGUUUACUGAAGGUCAUGGGUCGAGUGGAGUCUGAUGGUGUAUACAGUGACAAACUGAAAAGGAUGAGGGAAAUGCUGAAGACAGAUCCUACCACAGAUGACGUUGUGGAAGAGCUAGGUAAUGAGGUCAUUGCCCAUUUGUCUAUACCCUCCGCAGUGUACUCAUUCCUGAGGUGCAUUCAACCAGUGCAUGGAAUCCCCUUAGAAAACGCCAUGGAAAGGACAAUCACCUAUGCUAUCUCCCUGGAUGGAGACACGGAUACGAUAGCUUCGAUGGCCGGGGCGAUAGCGGGUGCCUUUUAUGGGAUAGAGGAGGUACCCAAAGAGUGGAUGGGCGUGUGCGAGGGUGUGGAUGACGCCAUUGAGCAGGCUGAUCAGUUACUGGAUAUCAUGCUAGGAGGAGAUUAGCAUUGGCUGACGAAGAAGGCCAAUGUGGACUGGAAUAACCAUGCAGAGCUUGAUAUGGGGCAUGGUGUGCUCCUUCAUGGUGAACUCCCCAAUUAUUUAGAGGAAAGAAGAGUGUUUAAGUAUAGGAAUAUGGGGUGGGGGGGGGGGGGGUUACCCUCUGCCGCUAUGGUCAAGUUUGAAUGCUUGGGCACAACCAGCGUGGUCAAUGGAUGACUUCCUGAUCUACCUGUUUUUAUAUUUCAAGCUUCUGAACAACCAACCCUAGUACUUCUUGAACACUUCUUUGAGCACUUAUUUUGUAUAUUUCCAAAAGAUUCAAAGUUAAAGACAGUUUUACAAAAUUUAGUAUUUUGAGUUUCGCUCAAUAGAAGACAGUUUUAUACAUUUUUUUUGUGUCAAGGUUGUACGAUAGUACAGGAAAUCGGUACAAAACAACACAGUACUUGUAAUGAUGAAAGAAUCUUGCAUUUCAUGAAAUAAUGAUAUAGAUAUAUAGAUAUAUGAUAUAUAGACAGUUAGUUAGGCUGGCUGAAAUAAAUGCGGAGAUUAAUUUAUAGGUGAAGAUUUGGGUUAAAUUACUCGCAUAGCAAAUGGAGAGUGAACUUGAGAAUACUGAUGACUUAUUUACACAACCAUGCUUGGUCCAAUUUCAUGGGGCUGCUUAAGCACAAAAAAAUGCUUAUUAAAUGUCUGUUAAUUACAAAUAAGUAGGGAACCUUUCACAAAUUAUGUACAUAAGAUGGUGAUAUGGCUGGUAACCUCUUUCUGCUAAGCACAAAUGUUUUGCACUUGGACAAUUUAUUUGGCUUAAGCAGCUCUAUUAAGUAUUUGUGGAUUUUUUUCUCUCACAUAACUCAGGAAACUAACUCGGGGAAAUUACCAAGUUAACAGCAAUUACAACAAACCGCAACUAAACAAUUUAUAUUGCAUUGAUGACACAAUAAUGACAAUAAAUCUUAUUUUUUGUAUCAUCUUAUCCAGUGCUGCACACAUGCAGUUGUUUUUAAUUUGUAUACAUUAUAGAUCUCACUAAUAAAGAUUAAUACAGAUAUUGUAAAGAUAUCACAACUUUGAAGCAAAAUAUAGUAAAAUCUUUCACAGCCUAAUUUGAAAUAUUGUACAGUAUCCGAAUAAAUGUACAGGUUUACUAUAAAAAGAAAGAACAAAAAA